UACCGAUGCCGCCUUCCUUACGAUAGACUGUACAGAUAUGCCUGAUUUUCCGUCGCUGGCGUCGCCGGCAUUCUCGCCUAUAGCAUCGCCAAAAGCCGAGCGACACGAACAAAAUAAUGUCUCGGAACUGCAACUCGACAACGACUUCUCCACGAACACAGCUCCGCCGCUGAUUAGUCCUGCCUUCACACCGCCGCGAUCUCCCCUUGUGGACGGACAGCGACCUGAUAGAUUGGCCAAAAGCAUACCAACCGAGGCACACGAUGCAUCUACGGAAGAUUCGCAGCCGAAGCUGCUGGAGGAACUGCCUCACGUAACCUGUGAGGUACGGGCGAGAAUACCCACGACUACUGGACAAGAAAUGUGGUUACACCUCUACCAUAAUAAUGUAGACAACAAGGAACAUAUGGCGAUCGUAUUUGGACCACAUAUUCGCAGCAAGAGUUUAGAUGCCCCGAGGCCCGGCGAAACGGAGCGAGACCGCAUGAUUCGAGGUGCUUACACUGGUACACUAUAUCCUGGUCGGAUGCACAGCAGACUCGAGCAAAUACGUUCAGACGCUGGUGUCUCUGCGCGGCCUCAGUCACCACAUACCAAUGGCGCUCCUUCGCACAGUGAAUCGCCAGAACGGACUUCUUCAGAUGCGGAGUCAAUAAGCUCCACGCACUCCUCAUAUCCACCCGAGCUCGGACCACCCCUGGUGCGGAUACAUUCGGAAUGCUAUACGGGCGAGACAGUGUGGUCUGCGCGUUGUGAUUGUGGUGAGCAGUUGGACGAAGCUGCGCGACUGAUGUCUUUGCCUGUGGCUACGCCUGCAGGAACGCCAGAUUCUGAGCACCCGCAAUCACGAUUGCAAUCUUCUGGGGGUGUGAUUGUGUACUUGCGACAAGAAGGGCGAGGCAUUGGACUUCUAAGCAAAUUAAAGGCGUAUAAUUUACAGGAUCUGGGUCAUGAUACAAUGGAAGCCAACAUUCUUCUCCGACAUCCAGGAGACGCUAGAUCUUACGGCCUCGCGACUGCGAUUUUGAUCGAUUUAGGCCUUGACGGCGAGCGCGGAAUCAAGCUGCUUACAAACAAUCCUGAAAAGGUCAGGGCUGUGGAAGGGCCACACCGAGAAGUCCGCGUCGUCGAGCGCGUGCCCAUGAUUCCUUUGGCUUGGCAAACGAAAGGAGAGAAGGGAUUCACGAGUCCGGAAGUUGAAAAAUACAUUUCGACGAAAAUUGAGAAGUUCAAGCAUAUGUUCUCAUCGACGUGAGCACUUAAUAUCAAAAUGUAAUGCUUGCAGCAGUCUGCACAAGAAGCUCGAUGGAUGUAGCUGGACACGAGCCAUGCUCGAGAGCAGCAUGGCCGACGAAUAACAUUGUAGGAGUUGGAAAAUCCGAGACGAAAAGGCUCCAAUUCUCGAAUGGUGAAGGUGACGCCGGGGAAACAGAACAUCCUCGAACGCCACUUCAAACGACAGACCAUGCGACCUCGAGCUUCAAUCAGGGCGGCGCUGAUCGGCCGCAAUGCACUCACUAAGCUCUGCGCGAUUGCCAAAUGCUUGGGCAUCGACGAUGAAUUUUCUCCUUUGCUCGACAGAAUUUCUGUCCAGCGUAUCCUGAUGCGUCAGUCACGUCGGGAUGUUGAUGGAUACAAGUGGAGACGCAUUGUGGACUAGCACCGACAUUUAACGAAGCAAAUGCAAUAUCAUGGCUCGAAUCAAGUUUUACAUGUCGACCUGGCAACCACACACUUGUCACAGCCUGAUGGAAAGCUGCUCUGGGACAGCAAAUACAAUAGUUUCUUCCAGCAAUCGGGGCAAGACGACACGAAGAUCAGCUUAUGAGUUCGAAUUACAUGCAUUCCUGAGUCUCUCUUAAAGUGCAUCAUCUUGGCCCUGAGGUAUCAAUGCUUCUCUAGCUGAGCAAGAGAGCGAUUCAGGUCAUAUUCACUGGACAGAAAGUACUCACCACUCGAUCAUUCUUGCAGGAGAAAGGAAAUUUCGAAUACGCACGCCAACAAUCAUUCACGGCGUGGGGGCUUAACCGGAAAGCCGCUUCUCCUGGAAGCGCAUGGUCAUCGAUCUGUCACGUCUUGGGCCGAUGAGCGUACAUCGAAAGAUGUGGCCUGGCCCCCACUGAGUGAUUGCACACAUCUCGCCAUGGGCGAUUGUUUUUGCCUAUUUUGUUUCCCAAAAUCCAGUCAUUGAAUAGAUGCCAUGAUCAAACCUUACGAAUGAUUC